GUGGACGCGCCCACCACCUGCACCACCACCCCCGACCUCUAUUCCCUAGCUAAUGAUUGUAAUGUACACAUGGGCUCUCUAGCCUGCGCCUUCCUUUCCACAAUAUAAUUUCGCUCCUUUGGCGUCUGGAUUCUACCAAUUCACUGCGCCCGCCGAAGCUAGCCCACCGACCAAUGCACUUUCCUUCGAGCACUCUCCCCACCCCACGCAGCUCGACACACUCUACCCCGGCGCGCGCAGCCCAUAAUAGGCUCUCGGGAACUUCACGCGCUGCGCACUGCUGCACACGGCACCGCCAUGGCGGCCCACCAUAACUUUGACGCUAUGGCGUCGAAGCUGGACGACCCGAACUCAGAUCUCAGAGUCAAGUCGACUCAGGCCAUCGACAUCCGGGACAACAUCGAGAGCUACUGCCAAGGGCCGCAGUACAGCGCAUUCUUGAACCACCUGGUCCCCGUGUUCCUCAAGAUCCUCGAUGGCAGCCCUGUCUUCAUAUCCACGUCCCCCGAACAGCGGAUACGGAACUGCAUCCUCGAGAUCCUGCACCGCCUCCCCAUGACACCCGUCGAAGCGGUCGAGCCACACGCGGCGAAGAUUGUGGACAAGCUGAUGAGCCUGGUCAAGAUAGAAAACGAGGACAACGCGGUGCUGUGCAUGAAGACUAUCAUGGACUUCCAGCGACACCAGACCAAGGCUCUUGCGGAUUGCGUGCAACCGUUUCUGGACCUGAUUCAAGAAAUGUUCGAGACGAUGGAGCAGGCAGUGCAGGAUACCUUCGACAAUGCGACCCCGGCGCCGACGACCCAGGGCGUUCCCUCCACGCCGAGCAACCACCAAUACUCGCAGUCCCCGCGGCCUGGCUCCCCGGCGACGGCAUUGACGUCAGGUUCCGCAGGCGAUAUUGGAUCAGAGCAUCAACAGACGCGCAUGCUGCUCAAGGGGAUGCAGUCGUUCAAGGUCCUAGCCGAGUGCCCCAUCAUCGUGGUCUCGCUCUUCCAGGCCUAUCGGAAUGUCGUGAACAAGAACGUAAAAGCUUUUGUUCCGCUGAUCAAGAAUGUGCUUUUACUGCAGGCAAAGCCCCAGGAGAAAGCACACCAGGAAGCCGAGGCGCAGGACAAGAUCUUCACUGGAGUAAGCAAGGAAAUUCGCAAUCGCGCCGCGUUUGGCGAUUUCAUAACCGCUCAGGUCAAGACUAUGAGUUUCCUGGCCUACCUGCUACGGGUAUACGCGCAGCAACUGAACGAUUUCCUACCGACCCUUCCGGACAUCGUAGUGCGACUGCUAAAGGACUGCCCCCGGGAAAAGUCCGGCGCGAGGAAAGAGCUUUUGGUGGCUAUCAGGCAUAUCAUCAACUUCAACUUUCGCAAGAUCUUCUUGAAGAAGAUUGAUGAGCUCCUGGAUGAACGGACCCUGAUCGGAGACGGCCUCACGGUGUAUGAGACUAUGCGGCCGUUGGCGUAUAGUAUGCUCGCUGAUCUAAUCCACCAUCUCCGCGACUCUUUGAACAAAGAGCAAAUACGGCGCACCGUUGAGGUCUAUACGAAGAACCUCCACGACACCUUCCCCGGCACGAGCUUUCAAACUAUGAGCGCAAAGCUCUUGUUGAACAUGGCGGAAUGCAUAGCUAAGCUGGAGCCGAAGGAAGACGCGAGGUACUUCCUGAUCAUGAUCCUGAACGCUAUCGGGGACAAGUUCGCUGCAAUGAAUCGCCAGUAUCACAACGCUGUGAAGCUCUCGGCACAAUACAGUCAUCCUUCGAUCGAUGCGGCUGAAGAGAACCACAUGGCGGUACAAGAGCAACCACCGGAUUGGGACGAAAUCGAUAUCUUCAAUGCCGCUCCCAUCAAGACGUCGAAUCCCCGGGAUAGGAGCUCGGAUCCCAUUGCGGACAACAAAUUCUUGUUCAAGAAUCUUCUGCACGGCCUGAAGAAUCUGUUCUACCAGCUCCGCGCUUGUAAUCCUGCUAAGAUCAAGGAGGAGAUUGAUGCGGCAAACGCCUCCGCUAACUGGCACGAAGUCUCCUUUGGGUAUAACGCGGAGGAGGUGGAGGUUCUCAUCAAGCUCUUCCGUGAAGGAGCCAAGGUCUUUCGCUAUUACGGGACCGACAAGCCUACUGAGGCGCAGAGUUUGUCGCCCGGCGAUCUUAUGGCCAACCAGCAUAUGAUGUCAAGCGGGAAGGAAGAGAAGGAACUGCUUGAGACAUUUGCUACUGUAUUCCACCACAUCGACCCGGCCACUUUCCACGAGGUGUUUUCUUCGGAGAUACCACAUCUGUAUGACAUGAUGUUCGAACACCCAGCGUUGCUCCAUGUGCCGCAGUUCCUGCUUGCAUCCGAAGCCACGUCGCCUAGCUUUGCCGGGAUGCUGCUACAGUUCUUGAUGGAUCGAAUCGAAGAAGUGGGCACCGCAGAUGCCAAGAAAUCGGCCAUCCUACUGCGGCUCUUCAAGCUCUCCUUUAUGGCCGUUACGCUAUUCUCUGCGCAAAAUGAGCAGGUGCUGUUGCCACACGUUAGCAAGAUCAUCACGAAGUCUAUCCAGCUUUCCACAACGGCAGAGGAGCCGACAAAUUAUUUCCUGCUUCUGAGAUCGCUUUUCCGAAGCAUCGGCGGAGGACGAUUUGAGCACCUCUACAAGGAGAUUUUGCCUCUCUUGGAAAUGCUCCUGGACGUCUUGAACAAUCUGCUACUUACUGCGCGCAAGCCUGCUGAACGGGAUCUCUUUGUUGAGUUAUCUCUCACAGUCCCAGCGCGUCUGAGCAACCUCCUACCGCAUCUGAGCUACCUCAUGCGGCCGUUGGUUGUGGCGCUACGAGCUGGUUCCGACCUUGUAGGACAGGGGUUGCGCACUCUGGAGCUCUGUGUUGACAAUCUGACCGCCGACUAUCUGGAUCCUAUAAUGGCGCCGGUGAUAGAUGAGCUUAUGGCAGCUUUAUGGGAGCAUCUCCAGCCUCAGCCUUACAGCCAUUUUCAUGCCCACACUACGAUGCGGAUUCUGGGAAAGCUCGGUGGACGGAAUCGCAAAUUCAUUACCGGUCCCCCUUCGCUGGAAUACAAGCCAUACGCCGACGACCAGUCUUCUGUGGAUAUCCGACUCAUUGGCUCCACCAAGGAUCGCGCAUUUCCAGCAGUGAUAGGCAUUGAGACUGCGAUUGCUAAGCUACACAAUCCCCCGAAGAAUGCGAAGGAGAAGAAAUCCGACCCUUUCCACAAGCAGCAAGCCUUCCGGUUCAUCACAGCUCAUAUCAAACUAAUGGUCGGCUUCGACAACCUUCCCGACGACUUCGCGCAGCUUGUGCGUCUCCAAGCCAACGACCUAUUCAAUAAGAAGACAGACGCCGGAUCGGAUCUGUUGGCACAGUCUGAGCGGGAGAGGUCCAUCGUCAAAAAGGGUGUCGAGCAAGAGACUCUGAAGAAGCUGCUGAAGGCGUGUAUAUUCGCGGUCUCCAUUCCUGAACUCAAGGCGGACUCUGAAGCCCUCGUAACGAACCUUGCAAAACACUUCACUCUGUUGGAGCUGGGCAGUCAUUUCGCGCAUUUCAAACAUCGGAAUAAACCGUUCGACGUUCACUCCGGAGAAGGUCCAGUCACGAUUGAAAGCGAUGUUUUCUCAGAAGCCAUUGGGGAUUCACUCGCGUCGGAUCACAUAGCAGUACGCGAAGCAGCGGAGCAGGCCGUCAUGACGAUGCGCGACACUGCAAAAGCGAUCUUCGGAAGCCAGGAGAAGCUUGAUAAGUUCCCGUUGUUUGAUGAGCUUUCCAGGACCUUCUGCCACAACUGCCAUGCCGAUGAUUGGUUUAUGAAGUCUGGUGGAACGCGCGGUAUCGAAAUCAUCAUAAAAAAGCUGGGCCUGGGCGACCUUUGGAUGAAUGCUCGGCAUUUUGAGCUCAUCCGGGCGUUGAACUUCGUUAUGAAGGAUAUGCCGACAGAUCUCGAUUCGAAGACGCGCAUCCAGGCGGAAGGCCUUCUGGAAGACUUGCUCCGACGCUGCUACAAGAAGACGACAAAGGAAGAGUUCGAGAAACAGAGUAACAUGCUUCUGAGGCUGUGUGGGCAAUUGGUCGGCGACUUGUCGCACAUGAACAAGAACGUGCGAGAAGCUACGCAGAAGGCUUUCCACAUCCUCUCCGAGGUUACGGGCCUCGCUGUCCACGAGCUCAUUAUGCCUGUCAAGGACAGGUUGGUGAUACCGAUUUGGACGAAGCCCCUCCGAGCAUUACCGUUCAGUAUCCAGAUAGCCUACAUCGACGCCAUCACCUUCUGCUUGAAGCUCAAGAACAACAUUCUUGAAUUCAAUGACCAGCUCAACAGGCUUCUGAUGGAGUCGUUGGCUUUAGCUGACGCAGAAGACGAAGGUCUCGCGACGAAGCCUUUCGAACAACGGAAUGCGGAACACAUCGUGAAUUUGCGGGUAGCUUGUAUCCGGCUUCUCUCCACUGCGCAGAGCUUCCCCGAAUUCAGCACAACGCCGCCUAAUCAGCCCUUCCUCAGGAUCAUUGCAGUGUUCUUUAAGUGCCUCUACUCCAAAUCCCCGGAGGUCAUCGAAGCAGCCAAUCUUGGCUUGUCUGGCGUCAUCUCGGCUACCAACAAACUGCCGAAAGACGUCCUCCAGAGCGGACUCCGGCCGAUCCUAGUAAACCUCCAGGACCCGCGGAAGCUUUCUGUUGAAAACCUUGACGGUCUGGCUCGCCUUCUCAAGCUUCUAACAAACUAUUUCAAGGUGGAGAUAGGAACUCGUCUCUUAGAUCACUUGAAGAACAUUGCGGAUCCUGUCAGCCUGCAGAAGAUCUCCUUCACCAUGGUUGAGCAGAACCCGAAGAUGAAGAUAGUCACUGGUAUCUUCAACAUUUUCCACCUUCUGCCGCCCGCCGCCUCCACAUUCCUCAAGCAGAUCAUUGAAAAGGUGAUUGAGCUCGAAAUCGCCCUUCGACGCACGCAUUGUAGUCCUUUUCGCGAGCCUCUCAUCAAGUAUCUCUGCAUGUAUCCUAGGGAUGCGUGGGAUCACUUCUUGCCGAACCUGAAGGAUCAGACUCAAGGUCGUUUCUUCGCACAGCUGCUCGAGAACAAAGAGAGUAGUGCCCUGCGGAAGGAAGUCAUGGACGAUGUCCCCAAGUUCUUGGGAUCUUUCGAGUUCGAAGGCUCGGACAAGGAGAAGUGCCAGGCUCAGCUCAAUGCUAUCCAUAUUGCGUACGCCAUGAGCCAGUUCGACGAGAGCAGCAAGUGGCUGGUUGAUCAUGAGAACCUACGCAAAGCUCUUUUCGAGGCUGCCAAGUCGCUGGAGAAGAAGCUCCGACAAAACUCGAUCGAUGCCGAGAUGCGCCUCGCCACCGAGCAAGCUGGUGACCAGAUUAUGACCGUUUUCACGGCGUACCUCAAGCAUGCGCCGAACAAUCUGGACUUCUUCUUCGAGCUUAUAGAUGCUGUCACUUCGGAGGAGUUGAAACAGUCCACGCGAUUGUUUAAUUUCAUCUACGAGCACAUGAUCUGCAGCGAAUCGGUUGACUAUUGGAAGACCCUGGUCCACAAGUGUAUCGAUCUGUACACUGGGCGCAACUCCUCGCAAAAGACGAAGACCUUCAUCUUCAGGAACAUCGUCAACCCCAUCUUCGCGAUGGAUGUCAAGCGCAACUGGGAGCACUUGUUCGGUCAGGCCAGAGGCACGAAGCUAAUGGAUCGCGGCAUGACGGAAACAAUCCAUAACCGGUUGUGGAAACCACAGGCUUUGACCGAUACCUCAGAGGAGACCGCUCAGCUCGGUGUUGACCACUCCAGGAUGGAGUUGCUCCAGUUGACGACGCUCCUUCUCAAGCACUACUCUGGUAUGAUCCAGGACGCGCGUAAGGAUGUUAUCAAGUUCGCGUGGAAUUAUAUCAGGCUCGAGGACAUCAUCAAUAAGUACGCGGCGUACGUCCUCAUCGCCUUCUUCAUUGCCGUGUUUGACACGCCUAUGAAGAUUGCCAUCCAGGUCUAUCAGACGCUUCUGAGAGCCCACCAGAACGAGGGUAAGUCGCUCGUCAUGCAAGCCCUCGAACUCCUGGCUCCUGUGUUAAAGAAACGGAUGGGAGGAGGCGACUCCAAGAUGGCCAUUCCCCGGUGGGCACAGAUCCCUCGCAAAAUCCUAUCCGAGGAGAGCUCGAACUUGCAGCAGCUUAUGAGCAUCUUCAACUUUUUGGUGCGCCAUCCAGACCUGUUCUACGAAGCCCGGGAGCAACUGUCUUCGAUCAUCAUUACGGCCCUCUCUAAGAUCGCUCAACCGCCGAAUCCCUCAACCGAGGCCAAGAAACUUGCGUUAAACCUCAUCGGUCUCAUCAGAAAAUGGGAAGAGCGAGCUGCUAGCGAGUCUGGCUCUGCGAGCGAUCGAGCUUCGCAAUCGCCACAAGCGGUCAAAAGGAGGGCGGAUGGCUCCAUCGUCCCUCCUGGACCUCUCUCAAAGGGUUUCGUCGCUUCGCUGAACAUUCGAAUGAUGCUCAUCAAGUACCUCAUUACAUUCAUUGCCUACCUUCCCGAGCGGUAUCCCGUUGCGACUCCGAAACCCAAAGACGCCCAAGUUUCCAAUGCAAAUGCGACACAGCCGGAGAUCUGCCGAAAAGCUGUGCAGCUCCUCCACGAUCUCCUUUCUCCGCGACUAUGGAGCGACCUGGAUCUUGACUUUCUGCUUACAAAGAAAAUUGAGGAGAUCCUCGUUGCUGAGAUGAAGCAAGAGGAAAAGGCCGAAGCUUUCACUACGCGAAUGAUCAACACCCUACAGAUCGUCAAGGUCAUCGUCAAUGUGAAGCCGGGUGAGUGGGUACUUCAACGCAUGCAGCAGUUCCAAAAGAUCCUGGAGAAGCCUAUUCGUUCCGAUAUCGCGGACGUCCAAGCGAGUCUCCACGCCGCGGACGAGAACGAGGACGGCACGUCAAAGCUACAGCCUACCCUGAAGCGCAUCCUAGAAGUCAUGCCUGAGCCGGUCACGGAUGAAGAGGGUAACACUGAAGAGACGCCAUCCACCGAAUUCAUCAACUUCCUUGGGGCAGUGGCUACAGAGGCACUCUCAAAUGGCUCGUAUGUUUGCGCCAUCAACAUCCUUUGGACCGUCUGCCAGAAGCGGCCCGAGGAGAUCGAUCAACACAUCCCGCAGCUCAUGAAGGCUUUCCAGGGCAAGAUGGCCAAGGACCAUCUCGCGGCUCACAGUGGCGUGCCUGGCCAGCCGGGUGUCCCUCCUAGCAUGCGUCCUGAGGGUGCCAACCCUCCGACCGCUCCUAGCGAAAUCGAGCUCCAGACCGACUUGGUGCUCAAAGUGAUCGAUAUCCUCGCGGCACGCAUGAACGAACUUGGAGAGAACCGUCGUCCCUAUCUGAGCGUUCUCGCCUCACUAGUCGAACGAUCCCAGAGCAACACGGUCUGUAACAAAGUCCUCGAUCUAGUGGAGGAGUGGAUAUUCCACUCCACAGAGCCCGUGCCCACGCUCAAAGAGAAGACCGCUGUACUGAGUAAGAUGCUGUUAUUUGAGCAUCGGCCAGAUUCGUCACUCCUCAAUAGGUUCCUUGACCUCGUCAUUCGGAUCUACGAGGACCCGAAGAUAACGCGAUCGGAACUCACCGUACGGAUGGAGCAUGCCUUCCUCAUCGGCACCAGGGCUGUCGAUGUUGAGAUGCGCCACCGUUAUAUGACGAUUUUUGACAAGAGCUUGAGUCGCACGGCAGCCAGUCGGCUGAGCUAUGUUCUGGCUUCGCAGAAUUGGGAUACCCUUGCCGAUACCUAUUGGUUGAGCCAGGUCAUCCACUUAAUGUUUGGAUCCAUCGAAAUGAACACGCCUGCGCAGCUGCACCCGGAAGACUUCAAGCUCAUGCAGGCAAGCAACAUAUUCGGCACCUAUAACAAGGAUCCCCGGAUUGCUGAUGUCAUGGUCGACGAUGAGCUGGAGAAUCUGAUCAGUGGCCACCGCCGCUUUUGCAGCCAGCUGGGCGACGUCAAGAUCAAGGAUAUUCUCGAGCCUCUUGGCAAUCUGCAGCACACCGACAACAACCUUGCCCACGAUAUAUGGGUUGCAUUCUUCCCGUUGGCCUGGACUGCACUGACCAAGGACGACCAGAGCGACCUCGAGAAGGGUAUCGCGGCUCUGCUAACGAAGGACUAUCACUCCCGCCAGAUUGAUAAGCGACCCAACUGUGUCGCGAGCAUGCUUGACGCUAUCGUGCAUGCUCGGCCGCGAGUGAAAUUCCCGCCGCACAUCAUGAAGUACCUGGCUCGUACUUAUAAUGCCUGGUAUACGGGAGCUGUCUACAUGGAAGACUCUGCGAUCGCGCCACUCAUCGAUACCGAGAAGCUGAGAGAGAGCAACCUUGAUGCUUUAUUAGAGAUUUAUACCGGCUUGCAAGAAGACGAUCUGUUCUACGGCACUUGGCGACGGCGCUGCCAAUUCAUCGAGACCAAUACUGCUCUGUCAUAUGAGCAGAUCGGCAUCUGGGACAAGGCACAGCAGAUGUACGAAGCAGCCCAGAUCAAGGCUCGAACCUCCGUUCUACCUUUCUCCACGGGAGAAUACAUGCUAUGGGAAGACCAUUGGGUCAUCUGCGCUCAGAAGCUGCAGCAAUGGGAGGUCUUGAGUGACUUCGCCAAACAUGAGAAUUUCAACGACCUCUACCUGGAAGCAACAUGGCGCCACUUUGAAGCGUGGCAAAAUGCGGAACAACGUGAACAACUCGACGCGACUAUCAAGGCUGUCAGCGAUGCUCCCACUCCCCGACGCGUGUUCUUCCAGACGUUUAUGUCUCUGCUCAAACUCCACGCGAAAUUGGAGUCCCAGCCGGAGUUCCACAGGCUAUGCGACGAGUCCAUCCAAUUAUCCAUCCGGAAGUGGCAUCAACUGCCGCGGCGCAUCACUCAGGCUCAUAUUCCGCUACUGCAACACUUCCAGCAGCUAGUGGAGUUGCAUGAUGCUAGUGUCAUCUGCCAGAGCCUUGCGCAGACAACACAGAGCAACCUCGAUCAUAAGUCUCAGGAGCUUAAGCUUUUGCUGAGCACCUGGCGAGAUCGCUUGCCUAACUUCUGGGACGACAUCAACGCCUGGCAAGACCUGGUUACCUGGCGUCAGCACAUCUUCCAUCUGAUCAACGGCGUCUACCUGCAGCUUCUCCCACCCAACCCGAACAAUCCCAGCGGCAACUCCUUCGCAUACCGCGGCUAUCACGAGACCGCGUGGAUCAUCAAUCGUUUCGCCCAUGUUGCUCGGAAACACAAUCUUCCUGACGUGUGUAUCCAGCAGCUGAGUCGCAUCUACACUCUCCCAAACAUUGAGAUUCAAGAAGCGUUCCUCAAGCUGCGCGAACAGGCCAAGUGCCAUUACCAGAACCGAGCGGAGCUCAACAACGGCUUGGAUGUGAUCAACAACACCAAUCUUAACUACUUUGGUGCCCAGCAGAAGGCGGAGUUCUAUACGUUGAAGGGCAUGUUUCUUGCGAAGCUCGGGCAAAAGAAUGAGGCCAACGACGCGUUCGGCACUGCGAUGAUCUUCGACAUCAAGCUCCCCAAGGCCUGGGCAGAAUGGGGUCGGUACAAUGAUGCACUCUUCAAAGAGGAUCCGUCGACUCUGGACAAGGCAGAGGCUGCUCUCAGCUGCUACCUUGAGGCUGCGAGCGGGUAUAAGAACGCGAAGUCUAGGAAGCUUCUCGGGCGUGUGCUUUGGCUGCUCAGCUUGGAUAAUCCCGAGCGCCGGUUAGCUGAGAAGUUCGAAGAGUUCAAGGGCGACACGCCGGCCUGGUAUUGGAUCACGUACAUCCCACAACUUCUCAAUAGCUUGUCUCGUCCGGAAGCACCGAUUGCACGACAGAUUCUCGGAAAGCUCGCCAAAACGUAUCCUCAGGCGCUGUACUGCCACCUGCGGACAACGAGGGAGGACAUGGCACUUCUCAAGAAGAACCACGACGCAAAAGAAGCGAAGGAGAAGGCGGCUCGGGCGAAACAACAGCAAGCCCAAAGCUCCCCAGCACAGAAGCAGGGUUCUCCCGAGCGGCCUGGCUCAAGCGGCAAUCGACCGACAUCCGCGAGCAGCGAGGCUAAGCCUGCUGCAAAUGGUACUCCAAAUGGCACAAUUAAAACCGAAGGCCAGCAGCAAGGCACUCCGAACGGCACGGCAACAGAAACCCCGCCGGCCCCAAAGAGGCCAUGGGACCACGUCGAGGAGAUAUCAGCUAUCCUCAAGACUGCCUUUCCCUUGUUGGCCCUCUCCAUGGAGACUAUGCUCGACCAGAUCCAGAAGAACUUCAAGUGCCCGCCCGACGAAGACGCCUACAGGCUCAUCGUCGCUCUCCUCAACGACGGCCUGUCUUACGUUGGUCGCUCGCCCAACUUAUAUGCGCAAGAGAUCCGGCUGCCAGCAUCAACAGAGGCUAACAUUACCCGUUUUGCCGAGUCAGUGCUGCCGCCGCAUAUCCGCAAGGCUUUCGAACAUGACUUCGUACAGCACAAGCCAACCAUGUACGAGUACAUUCAGAAGCUUCGCGUCUGGAGAAAUCGCUUUGAAGAGCGACUGGAUCGGAGGAAGCUUACCGUACCUCUCGAAAACUUCACGCACCAACUUAGCGAGUUUAGGUACCUCAAAUUCGACGACGUGGAAGUACCCGGCCAGUAUCUGCAGCAUCGCGACAAGAACUCUGACUUUGUACGCAUCGAGCGCUUCCUGCCUGAUGUGGACCUGGUUCGCGGCAUUGGCAUUUGUCAUCGUCGGCUCAAGAUUCGGGGUCACGAUGGAAGCAUUCAUCCUUUCGCGAUCCAGUUCCCUGCUGCACGAAGCUCGAGGCGGGAAGAACGAAUCCUUCAGCUCUUCAGGAUCUUCAAUGGUAUCCUGGCCAAGCGCAAGGAGAGUCGUAGGAGGAACCUCCAGUUCCAUCUCCCGCUCAUGGUUCCCAUUACGCCUAGCGUACGCAUGGUCCAGGAUGAUGCUUCGUACAUCAACAUGCAGGGCAUCUUCGAGGACUAUUGCCGGAGAAACGGUAUCAACAAGGACGAGCCUGUACUCUUCAGCAUCGAGAAGCUCCGGGCGCUCCAACCGCAGAAGAACAUCGACCACGCUAACAGCAUCCGCCUCGAAACCUUCGCCGCCGUCCAAGAAAAAUACGUCCCCCCCACCGUCCUCCUUGAUUACUUCCGCUCCACCUACCCCGCCUUCGCCGAUUUCUGGCUCUUCCGCCGCACGUUUUCCUACCAGCUCGCGGCUCUCACUUUCAUGACGUACGUCAUGCAUAUGAACACGCGCUACCCGCACAAAAUCUCCAUCUCACGUGGCUCCGGCCGCGUCUGGGGCAGCGAACUCAUUCCGUCCAUGGCAGUCGGGAAGCCCAUCCUGCACAACAACGAGCCCGUGCCCUUCCGCCUCACGCCCAACAUGCAAACCCUCAUGGGUCCGUUAUCCCUCGAAGGCAUAUUCGCUCCAGCGGUCAUGACAGUAGCGCGAUGCCUCAUCGAGCCCGAAGGCGAUCUGGAAUCUCAGCUUGCUAUCUUCAUGCGCGACGAGAUGAACCAUUGGUUUACGAGCCAGCAUAAGCAGUUGAGCGCAGAGACGUUGAGAGAGAGCGUGCAGCAGAAUAGCGAGUUGGUGGUGAAAAGGGCGACGAGCAUUGGGAGUCUGCCGGGAGGCGCGAACUUGCCGGCGAAUCAGACGAUGGUAGAUCUUGUGGCGGUGGCGGUGCAUCCGCAGAAGUUGAGCCAGACGGAUCCGCUGUGGAUGGCGUACCUGUAGAGCUGGUGGCCGUUAGGCGGGAAAGGAAUGUGCGACGGGUACUGGAUUAGGAUGUCAUUUGGGUGAUUUUGGAUUAUCUAUUUUGGGUAUGGCGUUUCGGUGUGUCUUGGUCCUAAGGAUAUCUCAUGUUCCUUAGGGAUGAAUGGCGAGGCCCCGGCGCAUAUAUUCGUUCUGGGAAAAAGGAUCAGUGAGUGUAGGAUUUCGACAUUACUUUCUGUGUUCAUGUGUAUGGUAUAGCAUUCGUCAGGUUGGAGAAUGGUCAAGUAAGGCACAGGACGCCUUCUUUUCGUGGUAGUAGAUAGCUUUUUGUUCAAAUCGCU